AUGAACCGUCUUUAUUGGGCUGUAGCCGCUGUUUUUGGAAUUGUCACAAUUAUAACACUGUUUAGCAGUUCAAAAAUUGGAAAUUCAUCUGAUAGACGCCAAAUAGAAAUUCUUGAGAAGCAAAUAAAUGAAUUAAGAAAUCGUUUGGAAGGAAUGGAGAGGAUUAUUGCAAGGAAAGGUGUUGAAAAUAAUAAAAUAGAAAAAUUUAUUCCAAAAAAUUAUCCAAAAGUAAAAUUUCGAAAUGAAAUGAACAGAAAAAGAAUUUUAAUUACUGGGGGAGCUGGUUUUGUUGGUUCUCAUUUAGUUGACAGAUUAAUGCUUGAAGGACAUGAAGUUAUUGCUUUAGAUAAUUUUUUUACUGGAAGGAGAAGGAAUAUUGAAAGGUGGAUUGGACAUCCAAAUUUUGAAUUAGUCCAUCAUGAUGUUGUUAAUGCUUUUUAUAGUGAAGUUGAUCAAAUAUAUCAUUUGGCAAGUCCAGCAUCUCCCCCUCAUUAUAUGUACAAUCCAGUUAAAACUUUAAAAACAAAUAUAUUGGGAACAUUAAAUAUGUUAGGAAUGGCAAGAAGAGUUAAAGCUCGAAUUCUUUUUGCCUCUUCUUCUGAAAUUUAUGGCGAUCCAAAAGUUAGCCCACAGUCUGAACUCUAUUUUGGCUAUGUAAAUACAAUUGGACCCAGAUCUUGUUAUGAUGAAGGAAAAAGAGUUGGAGAAUCUCUUUUAAUGGCCUUUUAUAAACACGAAAAUGUGGAUAUUAGAAUAGCUAGAAUAUUUAAUACUUUUGGACCUCGAAUGCAUAUAAAUGAUGGAAGAGUUGUUAGUAAUUUUAUAACACAAUCACUUCAAGGAAUGCCUAUAACUGUUUAUGGAAAUGGAAAUCAAACACGUUCAUUUCAAUAUAUUUCUGAUUUAAUUACUGGAUUAAUUUCUUUAAUGGAAUCAAAUACUACAUUGCCUGUAAAUAUUGGAAAUCCAGAAGAAUAUAGCAUUUUGGAAUUUGCAAAAAUUGUUAAAAAUUUAAUUGGAGGGAGUAGUAAAAUAAUACAUACAGAAAAGAUGACAGAUGAUCCACAAAAGAGGAGACCAGACAUUACUAGAGCAAAAGAAUUUUUAGGAUGGGAACCAAAAGUACAAAUGAUUGAGGGAUUGCAUAAAACAAUUGAAUAUUUUAAGGGAGAAUUAGAACAAGAAAAACUUUUAAAUAAUUAAAUACUUUUAAGACAUAUUGAGAUCGGGGAUUCUCUAUGCAUUUCUUACCCUUUUUAUUGCGGGUAUUUUUUGUAUAUGUAUAAUUGACUUUUUAUUGUAUUUAUUUGAUUAUCUCUUAAAUUGUUUAAUAUUUUUUGACCUUUCUGUAUGCAAUAAUUAUUUUAAUAAUAAAUUUUUUCUGAAGUAUCUAAAUUUUCUAAACGUUUUCUGCGAUAACA